CAACCCUGGUAACAACCCAAGCCAAAAAUAAAAUUGUUUUUUACGAGUACGCAAAUACAUGAUCGUUUUAAUUUUUACAGUUUUUAAUGCAGAUAUUUAAUUUCGUUUGGUAUAUAGUUAAUAUUUCAGAUCGUUUACGAAACUGGUAACAGGUUAAGGUUCGUAAUUGUAUCAAUUUAAAAAAAAAACAACAAAAUGCAUCGAAGAGGCGGAAAAAGAAUUCGAAUGGACGAACCACCUCCGGAUUUCGAUGAGCCGCCAGAGCCACCGUAUCAAAGUGAACCGCUUAAUGAAAGUUGGUCAUCAGGAGGUGCGGGCGAGGGUCCUUCUGAGGAAGCUCACCCGGAAGAAGAGACAACUGGGCGUGGUCGGGGUGGACGAAUGACUCGUUUAAGGGCCCGAGGUGGAGUACCACUGAAAGCGCCGAUUAUCGACGAAGAUGAUGACGAUAUAUUUUUUGGAUCCCGAUUCGAGCAGCAGCAGCAACAGAAAAAACGUAAGGCUCCUCGUAAGCCUCGAGGUGAGGGUGUACCGAAAGAACCACGAGAGAAAAAAGAGCGGGUCUAUCAUCAUGACCAUGAGGAAAGGGUUGUGGUCACGGAUCGGGAAAGUACUACUGAUGAAAGCAGUCUGUAUUUUAUCCUGAGACAUUCCAAAUCCGCAAUUACUGGAAUCGUCGACGAUUGGAUCGAGAGCUACAAGUUGGAUAAGGACUCGGCACUCAUUGCUCUUAUGAAUUUUUUUGUUCACGCUAGUGGUUGCAAAGGAAAAAUCACCCCUGAAAUGCAGCAGACCAUGGAGCAUACAGCUAUCAUUCGUAAAAUGACUGAAGAAUUUGACGAAGACAGUCAUGAAUAUCCGCUUAUUAUGCCCGGUCAGCAAUGGAAGAAAUUCAAAAUGAAUUUCUGCGAUUUUGUACAGACAUUAGUGAAACAGUGUCAAUAUUCCAUCAUUUACGAUCAAUUUUUAAUGGAUAAUGUUAUUUCUCUUCUCACCGGUUUGUCUGAUUCUCAAGUACGAGCAUUUCGUCAUACAGCAACACUGGCAGCGAUGAAAUUGAUGACCGCAUUGGUCGAUGUGGCAUUACUCGUUUCAGUCAAUUUCGACAAUGCCGCCCGACAAUACGACGCAGAAAGAUUGAAGCCCCGCGAUAAACGAGCUCCAGAUCGGUUGGAAUCGCUGAUGUCUAAACGGACCGAACUGGAGGAGAACAUGGACGAAAUAAAGAACAUGCUAACGUACAUGUUCAAAUCAGUUUUUGUUCAUCGCUAUCGAGACACACUACCGGAAAUAAGAGCGAUUUGUAUGUCCGAGAUUGGUAUUUGGAUGCAAAAAUUUUCGCAGAAUUUUUUGGACGAUUCCUAUUUAAAGUACAUCGGUUGGACGUUGCACGAUAAGGUUGGCGAAGUUCGGCUACGCUGUCUGCAAGCUCUAUUACCGCUGUAUGAAAACGAGGAACUCAAAGGAAAGUUGGAAUUGUUCACUUCGAAAUUUAAAGACCGAAUCGUGGCGAUGACUUUGGACAAGGAAUUUGAAGCCGCCGUUCAUGCAGUGAAGCUGGUGAUCAACAUUUUAAAAAUCCAUCAAGACAUCCUGACUGAUAAAGACUGCGAAAUAGUGUACGAAUUGGUAUACUCAUCCCAUCGUGGUGUCGCUCAAGCCGCUGCUGAGUUUCUGAACGUUCGAUUGUUCUGUUUGGACGCUGAUGCUCAGGUCACGCACACAAAACGCGGCAAAAAACGUCUGCCAAACACUCCACUACUGCGUGAUUUGGUUCAGUUCUUUAUUGAAUCAGAGCUGCACGAGCACGGAGCCUAUCUAGUGGAUUCGUUUAUCGAUAGCAAUCCGAUGGUGAAGGACUGGGAGUGUAUGACUGACUUGUUAUUGGAAGAACCAGGUCAGAUGGAAGAAACGUUGGAUAAUAAGCAGGAAUCGACUUUGAUUGAAAUCAUGGUGAGCGCGGUUAGGCAAGCUGCGACUGGAGAGCCUCCAGUUGGACGCGGUAGCAGCCGAAAGAUGACAUUGAGCGCUAAAGAAAUCAAACAGGUUCAGGACGAUAAGCAAAAGUUGACAGAGCAUUUUAUACAUACGCUGCCACUGCUGUUGAAUAAGUACAGUGCAGAUAGUGAGAAGUUGACCAAUUUAUUGGCAAUUCCCCAGUAUUUCGACUUGGAACUUUAUACAACUACCAGGCAAGAAGCAAAUUUGCAAACGUUACUGGACAAAAUGACCCAUAUCAUGUCGAUUCACGUAGACCGUGACGUGCUGGACACGUGCUCGAAAACAUUUGAAUUCCUCUGUACGGAGGGAAGCGCCAUCUAUACACGAUGUGAUGUCGCCCGGUCAAAUGUCAUCGAUGAAUGCGUUAAUCGUUACAAGGAAGCUAUUGAUGAUUAUCGCAAUUUAAUAGCCGGUGAGGAGACUCCAAAUGAGGAUGAAAUUUAUAACGUCAAUAUUAGCCUGAAGAAGGUUUCUAUCUUGUACUCUUGCCACAAUUUGAAUCCAUGGAAUUUAUUUGAUUCACUCUAUCAAGAUAUUGAAGAAUGCCUCUCGGAAAAUGCCGGAGACAAUGGAAUUCCUCAUGAGGCUUUAGUUUACUGCAUUGAAGCGUGCUUUUUCUCCAUCAAGUGGGGCUUGUACUAUUUGGAAAAUACGAUGGACAGAUCGGCAGCCAAAGAAGUGGAUGAAUUGCGUGAAAACCUGAAGAAGUAUAUGGAUGCUUGUAAUAAUUUGAUGUCUUACGAGGUUGCCCCGAUUGUGGAAGCUGCUUAUAUGUCGAUCUGUGAUCUACUGGUGGUGUUUAGCGAUCAGUUGGUCAGCCAUCCAAAUGAACCUAUCCGUCAACUGGUUUACAUUCCCAGUCCCGAACAGCAAUUACUGUUGAAUGAGUUUGUGCAAACGAAUGUUUUCUCGCCUGAACAAGAAGAAGGACACGAUGAAACCAGAAUCGAAGAACUGCACAAACGACGUAACUUUUUGGCUGCUUACUGCAAGCUGAUCGUCUAUAACGUCCUACCGAUGAAAUCGGCAUCGGAAAUUUUCAAGCACUAUUUGAGGUGCUAUAAUGAAUACGGUGACAUAAUCAAAACUACGCUCGGAAAAACCAGAGAAAUUAACAAGGUGAACUGCGCCUUGACUAUGUGUUUGAGUUUGAUCAACAUCUUCAAGGACAUUCAGGACGCUUCAACAGGUGGACGCGUGUCGAGAAACUCUCAAGAAUUCCAAGACCUUAAGGAAUUGGCCAAACGGUUUGCUCUUUCGUUCGGCUUGGAUGCGGUAAAAAAUCGUGAAGCGAUUACCGUCUUCCAUCGUGCUGGAAUUUUGUUUGCGGUUACGAUUCCGAACGAAGCGUAUGAAGAUCCAUCGGCACCGCCUCCUUGUAUCGCGUUUCUUGAAGUACUAGCCGAAUUAACUAACAAGUUGAUCAAGCAGGAUAAAAAGCUAAUUUUAAGCUUUAUGGAACGUCGACUCAAUGCUGGAAUUCCAUCGAGCCGAUCCGAAGAUUGGCAACCUUUGAUGACAUAUAAAAAUUCACUGUUGCACGGUGAAACAGAUCAGCUCCCGGUAACGUCAAAACGAGCAUAUUCUCGUAGAAAGAAGGAUUAUGAUCAUGAUGACGAUGAAGAGCACGACGAUGAAGACGAUCAGGAUUAUGUAGCGUAAACAUUGCAUAACAUACACUUUUAUUCCUUGUAACAUCUACAAUAAAUAUUUAUAAAUUUAAA